AUUUUGUGUUUUAUAAAUUUCCUAAACCAAUGGCAUGUGCCCAGCAAGUAAAGCCCUCACAGGCUGUUCAGCUGCUGCCUAAUGAGGUCGUCUCUGAGCAACAGUCGCUUGUUGUGGUAAAGAAGCUUCUGGCCAUCGCUGUGUCCGGUAUCACCUACCUCAGGGGCAUAUUCCCCGGGAGAGCCUACGGCAGCAAAUAUGUCGAAGAUCAGAAAGUGAUGAUCCUGAAAGAGGAUCGUGCCUGUCCAGAAGUUUCUCAGAUACUUCAGUGGAUGCAGGGUUGCUUUGAUGCCAUCCAGAAGAAAUACCUGCGAGUCGUCAUAAUGUCUAUCUAUACUGACCCAGGAAACCCCCAGAAAGUGACUGAGUAUUACCAGUUCAAGAUCCAAUACACCCCAGAAGGAACACACGUGGAUUUUGAAAGCAAAAACAACCAGAAGUUGUCGACCAUGUCCCUUGGAAACACCAAGAAAGCGAGCAUCUUGCUGGUGAGGAAGCUUUACACCCUGAUGCAGAAUCUGGGUCCUCUGCCAGAAAACGUCUGCCUCGACAUGAAGCUGGCUUACUAUGACGAUGUCACGCCUCAGGACUACCAGCCCCCAGGCUUCAGAGAGGCUGAAGGAGACAGAAUAGAGUUUGAGCAGGAGCCGGUGAAACUGAGCAUGGGCAAGGUGGCCACGCCCUACCACUGCAUAAAGUUCGACAUGGCCACAGAGAAACACAGACUGGAGCAGGUGGAAGAGGGUGUUUCUGUGAGGGAAAAAUGGAUUCUGAAGAUUGAAGAAAAUGUAGACCUAAUGCAGAGUCCUGAGCCCAAACAAGUGGAGGAGCCUGUGAACAACACUACAGACGCCGAUCACACCGAGAUCCAGACGAGCAUUCAGAUGAAGAAUGAGAGCACAGAGGAAGUCACCGAGAUUUUUACGAAGGAAACUUCAGUCAUGGAGACGGAUGGGAAGAGAACCAGGAGUGGACGGAUUAUCAGGUCCAGAACGGAGAGAAACAUGACGGUGAAGAGUAUGCAGCCAGCGGCAGCGAAGGAAAAGACGGUGUCCCAGUACGACAUCCUCAGCAGCCAGGAGUCGUCCUCCGCCACAGCCGUGAAGAAGCGCAAGUUCAGCGAGCCUAAAGAUAGCUACUGACCUCAGUGCAAAUCAAGCACUCUGUUGAUUUAAGGUCUUGUUUUUUUCCCCUUUCUGCAUCAAGUUGUUCCGUUAGUUUUUAAGAAGAGAACACUAACAUUGUUCAUGAACUUUUUUGAGCAUUUUGAAUUUAAGAUCUUUAAAGUAGUUGUUAGCUUUAGCUUGUUUGAGUGUUGUAUUUUCUCACUUCUGUUGCAUCUAUGAGUCAAAUAUAAUAUUAAAUAUUUACCAGCAAAGCUGUGAAAAAGCCACUUUCUAACAAAUUCAAUAA